CCCCUCCACCUUUUCCACCGUGCAGGGUCUGUCAAAGCGCAAAAGCAAAUUAACUGUCAAAAAAAAAAAAUAUAUAUAUAUAUAUAUAUUACCACCGAAAUGUGAAACUGUUUUUAUUUAUUUUUUCAAACGGUCGUGCAUAGGCGCGCGAGCGAAGCUAACCGUCAACGGUUGCAGAGUUUGUACCAACAGGCGCGUGCGGUAAUGAUACCCUCAACUGUCCAGCUACGCAGACACGUCCUUGGAUAACAGCGACAGAGAGCUUUGCUGCCUCGGUGAAGCCGUGAAGCUCAACACACAAGAGAUGCUCGUCUCCAGCCAGUUUCCAGCACUGGAGGAUUUUUGUCUUGUUGUCUGCCAUGUCUGCAAUCAGGUGGUCACUCCUCAGGGCAUCCUCACACACUAUGAGAAGCGCCACAUUUCCCCCGUCCCCUCCCGGAGUCCACUGGUCCCAAUGAAGCCCAAAGCACCUGCAGUGGCCCCCGCUGUGGCUCCCAGCCCUGGGGACACGCUGGCCUUCAGGGUCCCUAAAGAUUACCCUCACUCCCGCUUCAGCAAGGCGCCGCUCGCUGUCUACCCACCAAAGGGGGCACGGAACAAGACAUGUGUAUCCCUCCCUGUCGUAAGCCUGGAGAAGAUGCCGUGCCUCAACCGAGCCGACUCAGCGUCACAUGUGCGCCUCACCUCCUCAUCCUCAUCUUCCUCCUCCUCCUCUUCCUCGACCUCUCCCUCCUCUCUCAAACAGCUGUCCCUCACCCCCCCGUCCUCCCACCGGUCCAGCGAGAAGCUCAUGAACGGCCGCGGCACCAGCGGGCCGUCCACACCGCGCUCCACCACUACGUCUCCAUCCUCUCUGGACGGGCGGCCCAGUCCGGCACGCUCUCCCCUAGACAGGCGGCCGUCGUCUACACCUUCUCCUUCCCCGCUGGACCGGAAACCCUCACCCUCACCCUCACCUUCACACCGAUCCGGCACUCUGCUGGUGUCAUCUGCGUCGCCAUUGGACCGGAAGCACCAAAAUGGCACUAAGACACCCUCCAGGUCUCAGAAAAGACUCUCAGGGAGAGUGUUUGAUCCCAACAAGCACUGUGGAGUCCAGGACCCCGAGACUAAACGACCGUGCACUCGGUCUCUCACCUGCAAGACUCACUCCUUAACCCACCGACGAGCCGUGCCCGGCCGAAGGAAACAUUUCGACAUCCUCCUGGCUGAACACAAGGGCCGGCCGAAGGAGGGAGCGAAGGAGAAAGACAAGGACGCAACACAGGGAGGGAAGGAAGGCGGCAGCAGCCAGAGUAUCACGUCACAAGACACCGCGAGUCCCAGCAAGCCUCACUGCCCAAAUGGACGACCCCUGUCCACACUAAAGCUACGGCUGGCAAAUGCACACAUACCCAGGGUUCCAGGCUCCACCACCUCCACUUCCAGUCCUUUGCCCCCGGCACCAGCCACGGCUCCGGCCCCUAACCCAGAGCCGUCUCCCCACAGCUGGGCGACGGCAGCAGGAGACGGCGGUCGGCUCUCAAGUGACGAGGGAGACGCGGAGACUCCAGAGGACACUGACAGACCUGCCUUUCACUGCUCCAAUCACCACCCGCAGCCUUUAGGGUGUUGCGUAUUCAGCAGCAGGCUCAUGGGACGGGGCCACUAUGUGUUUGACAGGCGAUGGGACCGGAUGAGGCUGGCGCUCCAGAACAUGGUGGAGAAACACCUUAACGCACAGAUGUGGAGGAAGGUGCCUCUGGCCUCUGAGAGCCCCCUCUCGCUCUCCUCCUCUGGUACCUCCCCCGUCACCUCACAACAGACUCCCUCUCCCAUCUCCGUCACGUCCCCUCUCCUUUCCUCCCACUCCAACUCCCUCUCCUACACCACCACAUUUCCUCAGUCGGCGUCCAUGGCCGGGGUGUUCAGCAUUCGAGACACCGCGCAGCCCGCCGCCCCAGUUUCCACUCUGGGUAAAGCGCGUAACGGCACGCAUAAAGGCAGCCGCCCAUCCAAAGACAUGGAGGACCCAGCAGGGGGAUGUAAGAAGAGAAAAAACUCUUCGUUCUCCUCCUCAUCCUUUUCUUCUUCUUCCUUUUUUCCGACUGUGGAUAAUCAUAAGAGGAACGGCACCAGCUAUCAUCCAACAUUACAAGGUUCAGGGGGGGCAUCAGCAACCCCAGCCAGGAAAAAGGGACUUGGGCACGGGGGAAGCGGGCUUUGGAGCGGCGGAGAGGACUGGCUACUCAGAGCUGAUGGGUCUCAAAGCCACAACUCACAGAACAGCCGCGAACUUGGCACGACCAGCAUACCCUACUCACCCAGCAGGGAGCCUGCCUCCGCGCCCCAUCAGCCCCUGGCUCCCCCAUCCGGACCGUUGGCUUAUGGGGGAGGAGCGGAAGGGAGGAAGAGGAGAAGCCCCAGCUCUUACAAAGGGAAGCCCAGCAAGCUGAGCAGACCGGGCGGGUUGGAGAGCCUCUUUGGGAACGGGAGCGACGGCGGGGGAAUACUGGCUUCGGGGCCCGAGUCCCCGAGACAGGCCAAGUUGCAUCACUGACAGAAACCAGUUUCACCGACUGAAUGUUGGGCAGCUGUGCAGGCCACCACCGUCUGUGACCUUUGACCUCACCACUCUUCUCCACUGACCGCACCAAUCAGACUGCUUCAUCUCAGCGAUGUCACCCCCUAUCUGCCCAAUGACAGCUCAGUUCACUCGCUGCGACAUCGUCGGGGCUCUGGCAGUCACUUCCACUCUCCACCUCUAAUUAUGGAGCGUUUGGACGGAAAGCUGCCGUGCAUCACUGUGGUCGCGGUCUUUUCAGAACAAAGACAGUGGGAUCCAAAAAACUCAUCCUCUGAAAAGGGAAUUUGCCUCACAACGUUUUCAAGGCAUUGUGAAUAAUACCAACACUGUACAAUUUUGGGGAGACCAACAAUCAGAGUUCAUGUUCCGAUUGUUGUGACCAUUUUCUUGGUUGAUACGUCUGGUCAGCUGAUGAGGAAAGUGAUCAUUUUUGGGAGUUAGAUGGUUGAAGGACCUACUCACACGACUACUGUAGGACUUGACCUUCUGCGAUGCCACCUCAGCUGCUCCCUCCCCGCUCAUUUUUCUCUCCUUUUCUUGAUUUUUAGCUUUUCCCAGAGAUGGAAGAGACAACAGCAGCUGUAGUUGGGUUUUAUCCAGCUUUUCCUCCUCUUCUGUUUCCUUACUUCUCUCCAGCAUCUCUACAUUUUACCUUUCCUCCCCCUCUCUCCCUAUCCAUCCCAGCAUGCCCAUGUUCAAAGUGCACUUACUGUCCUUGCUUCCCUCUUCACUGACUGUCUCAAGCAGUGCCACAUGAGGACCUGUUCACGCGAGGGAAGGAAAAGAAGAACGUCUGUGUUACCGUAACGACGCCGUGUCAAUGCAUUGUAUUUCAAUAUAGGAAGAAAUGCAAUUUAUUUGAAGAUUGUUUUUGUUGUUGCAAGAAACACAAACUCCUGUCUGUGUGUCAGGACUUGCAUCCAAAAAGGAAUUAUUACUACGGUGUUGGAUCUUUUUUUUUUUUUUUUUGUAAUAAUUUAUCGUUCUUAAAUGAUUUUCUAACUGACCGUCGAGGUUUGAGCUACAUAAACUUUUUUUGAGCAAAAAAAAAAAAAAAAAAAAUUCUAUGGCAUUUUGAAGAAAAUGUUGAAAGUAUUAUGAUGAGUUCAUAUUGUUGAAAAUGUGUACAUAUCUGUUAUUAUUUUUGUAUUUAUUAAUAAUUGUUCCCCUUUUUCUGAAUACGAGCUAAAGAGAGGGAGUGUUUAUUUCCUCCUACCUUGGUCUGUGUUUGAUAAUAUGAGAUGAGAGAUUGGCCUGGUUUCUCAAAAUCUUCAAAAAAGUGUUCAUUUGCACGUUUUUAAAACGAAUACUAAUUCAUACGCGGAACAGCCAAAUAUGAACUUGUCGUCACCGUCGUCGCUCUAUUUUAACAACAAUACAUGGUUCUCUAGAAAUGAAUUCUAGUUAAGUCUUGCUAAUUAUGUCGUCUGACAAAAAGUAUCUCAACAUACACCCACAUGUCUUUUCUGUGGUAUCUCACAUUACUAAUUGAGCCUUCCUAAAAGUCCCGCCCCUGCUCAGUGCUCCGAUAACAGUUGAGCAAGCAUUGGUCACAAUUAAGUGAAGCGCAGCCUAACGAUAUGCAAAAUUAAGAGCAUAGCUGCUGUGAUUGACAGGUGGCUGCUGCACAGGUGGUUUUCUGAGCCUCAGCUCCACGUCUUUGUCCAUGUUUUUGGAUUAUUGAGCCACCACACCAUGUUUCAUACUGUCUGUGAUCAGAAAUGUUUUUCUCCAAUGAUUUAACAGUGCCUGCAAAUUAUGUGCUUUUUUGAAGCAAUGAGAAACUCCUCAUUUCCAUUAACAGCACACUCAAAAUAUAUAUAUAUAUCUUUUGUAGCAUGCCUGCUGACUUUUAUCGAGUCUAUACUAAUUUUGUCACUUCUCCAGUGUGAACACAUUACUUAUUCAAAAUCUGCAUAGAAUUAGCAUAGAGUUUGAAAUCGGGUCAGACCUACAGCCUCCGUCAGCAGAUGGAGUUUACUCAGUUGCCAUGUAGAUGACACAGGUGUCUUCGCAUGAUUAAACAUUCACCGCCACCUCUUUAAAUUUUGUCCAACUUAAAAGAAGACGGUCCAAAACGUCAGUUGACAGUCAUAUUUGUAUACGAGCUCUGUGGAUCAGCUUCCACUCAUGAACAAAGGUUGAUUUUGUGAAACCAGACCCUGGUUUGUAUUUUCAUAUAAAGGGCCCCGUGUCUUUGUUUACCUGUGGUUCCCACCUUUCUCCAUACUUCUUCCAAUGUUCAAAACUAUAGCUAUAUAUUUUUUAUCUUCCAGGACUGAUUGGUCUGGCGUCAGUGCGAUUAUGCUUGGUUGUUUGUGUGUGUGUGUAAAAAAUCAAAGCCAGAUCAAAAUGCCUUCACUUGCUUCCCAGCUGCACCCGUCAAGUAGCGAGCGGUACCAUUAGUUCUCUGAAAACGCAGCAUAGCCAUUCCAGUGAGGCUUUUUUAAAUGUCUAGGAGAUGCACGCGUAUAGCAUCACAUAUACAAAACAAGCGUUCAUUGAGGAGACCUUGAAUUCAAAUGGGAAAUUUACAAAUAAAACUUCAAUCUUAGCAACUUUUAAAGCAACACACACACACAUAUGGUAUUAUUUAACUGAGGGUGUCGUAUUGUGUUGCCGUAAGAAAAAUGUCAAAUUCAUGAAACGCGAGGCGAUCUCCUCACUUUAAAAGUGGCGCGGCAGAAUGCCGCAAUGUGUCAAAUGAUAAAAGCCUUGAAAAUGUCUGAAGAGUACCCCCGUCUAUUCAUCCGGCGUGGCUGAUAAAGCUAAAGUAACUGAAAGCAUUUUGAUUUGCUUGAUGGCGGCGUGAAGCUGUGAGCGACGCUCCCACCUGGUACUUGCCAACUGCUUCAGUGGAAAUAACAUCAAGGAUUUUUGUCUUUUUUUUUUUUUGUUUUGUUUUGUUUGUUUCAAAAGCAUUUAAGCACUAACGAUGAAUGAACUGUACAUAAUCUGUUGUGUGUUUGUGUUACGCUUUUCCCAAGUGCUUCCCAUGAUGACACUUUACUCAUCAGCGCGUGAGAUCGUCUAACAGCUCUUAGAUCAGUUCAGUGAUACCGGCUUUGUGGUCUUUUAUAUGACUGUAGAUACACAUGGUUUAUGAGUUAACUUGCCUACAAUUUACUUUAUAAACAAAUCAUUCUUUCACAGUUUUCUCCGUUUUAAUGCAACAUACCAACAGGUGUACUUGUAUUUGGAUGUUUUAUGUUGGUUUAAUGGCUAAAGAAAAAAACAAAAAAAAAUGGUUUAGGUGGUAAUUAUGUUCAUGCAAGAAGAUUUCUCUGCUCUUCUCUCGUGUAUCUACGGAUCAAAGAUGCCGAUCUUUGCGCUAAGACGUUUUUUGUUUUGUUUUCUGGGGGGGAAAUGCCACCCUCACUUACUGUUUAUGGUAAUAGGAAUGGGAAUUUACAGUCUGUUGCAGCUAAAAUUAAGACUAAAGCUCAUCGAUGUUGAUUUCAGAGCAGUUUGUAUAUUGUAUUAUUUGCUGUUGAAUUUUAUGGAGGUAUUAACAGGUUUUAUUUUGUUUUGUUUUUUAAAACCCUCCCCCUUCCUUUUUUUGCACUUUGUCAUAAUGCCCAGAUCUUUAAUCAACUUCUAUUUAUAUAAAUAUUUGAGAUAUAAAAAAAAAGAAAAAAAAUCUAUAUCUAUAUAUUUGUAAAAGUGUUUCUGGCAACUACAGUAAAAGAAGAUGAAGACUAUAUUCAUGCUGAGUUGGCCCCUAAAACCAGCGGACUGUUUGUUGCUUGUUGUAUCUGAUCCAAACUGUGGUGAAUGUUGAAUGUCUAAAGAAAAAAAAGAAAAAAAAGCCUUGUAAGAGUCGGGGUUUAUUCAUUCUCACGGCAGUUGGAUCAGAAAAUGGAUUUCCCAUCAGAACUUGCUGUAAAAAAAAAUGGGUCUUAUAUUCAAGCUUUUAUUAAAUGAUUGAAAGUG